CAAACGGAGCCGGCGCACAAAGACAUACGUCUGGACGGGGAGUUCAAUUCAAAAACUCAAAAAAGGCGUACUAGAAGAGUUGGAGGUAGACGUCGACCUGAAGAAAUCGGAGAGGGGCGUCCAACUUUUGAAGAGAUGGAGAGGGAGAGAGAGAAACAUACCGGAAGAGUGAGAGAGGAGUAUUUCUAGCUACUAGCACUACUAGGGUUCAGCACUCUACUCAAUGGAUUCGAUUUCCACUUCUUCUUCUUCAGCGUGUCCGUUGACAACCCCUCAAUGGAACCUCGAUCGACCCUUCCUCACCGGACAUUUUCACCAGGAAACAAAGUCAUCAUCUCAAGUUGCCGCAUCCAAGGGUUUUUCAACCGAUUCGUUUAGUCCUGGAAACGAGAAGGCCAUAGGCUCCUAUCAUGCUUCGGUUCAGGAACUGAUCGUCAUUGAUGAUCUUCUGUCUGCUCUAAUUGGAAUAGAAGGACGAUACAUUUCAAUCAAAAGAGUCCGAUCAAAGGAUGAUAAUUUUGCCUUCCAGGUUGAUGCAUCUAUGGAUUUAGCACUUCAGGAAUCAGCGAAACGACUAUUCCCUUUGUGCGAGAGCUAUUUGUUGAUUAAUCAGUUUGUGGAGUCAAGGUCUCAGUUCAAGACUGGCCUUGUUAAUCAUGCCUUUGCUGCUGCACUACGGGCUCUCCUUCUAGAUUACCAGGCCAUGGUGGCACAACUUGAACAUCAGUUUCGACUAGGGAAACUUUCUAUUCAAGGAUUAUGGUUCUAUUGUCAGCCGAUGAUGGGAUCAAUGCAAGCUUUGUCCGUGGUGAUAAGAAAGGCUUCAGCUAAUAAUUUUCUGGGCUCAGCAAUUCUCAACCUCUUGCAAAGCCAGGCUAAGGCCAUGGCAGGUGAUCAUACAGUGAGGUCAUUACUGGAGAAGAUGACACAGAGUGCAAGCUCUGCAUAUCUUGGCAUACUGGAAAGGUGGGUGUAUGAAGGAGUGAUUGAUGAUCCUUAUGGUGAACUUUUUAUUGCUGAGAACAAAUCUCUUCCCAAGGAAAGUCUGUCCCAAGAUUAUGAUGCAAAGUAUUGGCGGCAACGCUAUAGUCUGAAGGAUGACAUUCCUAGCUUCUUAGAAAAUGCUGCUGGAAUAAUUUUGACAACAGGAAAAUAUUUGAAUGUGAUGAGAGAAUGUGGACACAACGUUCAGGUCCCUGUAUCAGAAAACUCAAAGUUGAUGAGCUUUGGCGCAAAUCAUCAAUAUCUGGAGUGUAUAAAAGCUGCUUAUGAGUUUGCGAGUGGCGAGCUCUUAACUCUUGUAAAAGAAAAGUAUGACCUAUUGGGAAAGCUGCGUUCUAUAAAGCACUAUCUUCUUCUUGAUCAGGGUGAUUUCUUGGUUCAUUUCAUGGAUAUAGCUCGGGAUGAGCUCUCUAAGAAGCCUGAGGAGAUUUCCGUUGAGAAGUUGCAGUCUCUGCUAGACCUUGCUUUGCGCUCCACGGCCGCUGCAGCAGAUCCUUGCCAUGAGGACUUAACCUGUUACGUGGAAAGAUCUACUUUGAUGAAAAGUUUGAGUAUGCUCAAAGAUCUGGAAGCCAAUCGGAGUGUUUUUGAUGGUAGUGAUUUAGAAGAACCAGUGAGCAUUACUGGUCUGGAAACUUUUUCUUUGAGUUAUAAGGUUCAGUGGCCAUUGUCGCUUGUGAUAUCAAGAAAAGCCUUGACGAAAUAUCAGUUAAUCUUCCGCUUCCUGUUUCACUGUAAACAUGUGGACCGCCAGCUUUGUGGGGCAUGGCAAGUGCAUCAAGCUGUCCGUGCUCUUAAUACUCAAGGAACCGCAAUCUCUCGGUCAUCAUUGCUGUGUCGUAGCAUGCUAAAAUUUAUUAGCAGCCUUCUACACUAUCUAACAUUUGAGGUACUUGAACCCAACUGGCACGUGAUGCAUAAUAGACUUAAGACUGCCAAGAGCAUAGACGAGGUUAUCCAGUACCAUGAUUUUUUCCUCGAGAAAUGCCUGAGGGAAUGCCUGCUUCUUUUGCCUGAACUUCUGAAGAAGGUGGAGAGGCUGAAAUCUAUAUGCCUUCAGUAUGCAGCAGCAACUCAGUGGUUGGUUUCAUCUUCCAUUGACAUUACCAAGAUUGACACGUCCUCUGAUGGUGCACUUGGAAUGGAAAAGCUAAAGCAACUGAAACUAAGGAAGCCAUCUCAUGCUCUGAAGGUAGACGCUGAAAAUGCAUCAGUAACCGACUCUAUUCUGAAAUUCGAGAGGGAAUUCAAUUCGGAGAUUCAGAGUCUGAGGCCAAUUUUGAGCAGUGGUUCUCGAGCAGAGCCAUAUUUAACUCAUCUUGCACAGUGGAUUCUCAGUGUUGGAAGGGACCAGUAAGUUUUGGCUCUUUGCUCGUCGUGCAUGGGAGUAGACAAACCUCAAAUGACCAAAUAUUCUAGUUUUUUGCCUUGUUUGCUUUGGCUCUAUUAUUAAUCUAGGAGUAUAGAAAAGUGUUUGAUCAAGUCCUUGAUUCAAGUUAUGGUGGUGAUGUGUGACAUGGCGUUUGGCUGCUUAUACAAGGCAUUACGGAAUUUUAUUCAAAACCCGAAUUGGGCGUUUCCCUAAUGCAAUGGUUAGUUUGUUGUGUA